AUGGCAACUAAAGUUAUAUGCAACGUAGCGGCGGCCACUGUUGGAACUGCAGGAUUAUGUUUCGUAGGAUAUUGUGCGUACUAUGUCCACUACAAACGCCCAAAUGAAAGGAAAUUAAACGACCAACCAAGUGAAGAAGAAGGCGUUGCAGUUGAAGAACGCAAUUUCACGACCAUUACACUACUAAGCGAUAGACUAAAAUCAUUAACAUCGCAAUUAAUUUCAGGUUUUACUGGACAGGGUCGAAUAACGAACGGAGAAAGCGGUGGAACGGUGGCAGAAGAGUACAAUUGUACAAGCGUACAAUUUUUUGUACACGACGUGGACGACGAACUAAUCGAUUUUGUAAAAUUAUUGUUCUCUAGUACGCUACACGCACCGGUAACUAAUAUAGAAGAGGUCCAAGUAGCUUCAACGAAAACAGAGUAAUUCGACUUUUACUAUGGCUUCAAAAGUAUUAUGCAAGAAGGCGUUGCAGCGACAGAUGAAGAACGCAAUUCCACAUUGAUUCCGUUCAACUUCAUUCCGCACUUCGCGUUGCUCGUCAGUUUGACUUGCUCUUGUAUAUCUUUGACUCGCAGCAUUGCGAGUUCUGCGACUUAAGUUUGUACGUCUAUUUGCGGGAAUUUUCAAAAACGAAAAUUCAAUUGUAAAUUAAAGAAAACUAUUAUAUUCUUCUUUAUAACCAAGUAUAUUACUUAGUAACGUGUGUGCUAGUCUAUUACUGUGAUUAUUUGAGAUUUCCGGGGGGAUUUCGGUAAUAUUUAUUUUUAUUGUUACGGUUUCGACAAAAUAUAACAACAAAUUAUAACUAUUAUGUAUUCAAUCAUAACCAAUAGUGACUUUACAAUAAACAAAAAUAUAAUUUAUUUUCUUGUUGGACAAUGACGUUUUUACAUCCAGAUUCCGUACUUUUCCGGUGGAUUUUCCUAAAAUUGUAUUGCAUAAGAACCUUCUCCUGACAAUUAUGAACACAACAAAAAAAAGAAUUAGCGAAAUCGGUCCAGCCGUUCACGCGUGAUGCGAUUAUCAAGGGAAACAGGGAUCCAUUUUUAUCUAUAUACUCGUAGAUUAGUCAUUGCCAUUGUUGUAACUGUUCACUAUUGUCCAUCCUCAUCUAUACAUAAUUAUUUUUUCUAACUUUUUAAUUUAAAAAAGUUUGAAUAACAUCAUAUAGGUCUAGAGAUUUUACAAAUUCACUCUCGAUGCUUAAAAUCGAGAUAGGAUAAAAUUAUCCUAUCUCGCUUAUAUUUUAAAAUAUCGAAAAAAACAAACGUAUAAACGCAAACAAUGUUCUCACAUUUAAGUUUGAUUAUAGGCCAAUAAACUCUUACAUUAAAAUAAAUGCCAUAAAAUCAUUUAGUGUACAUGAAUAUAACAACCUAACCGAUUUCACAAUAUUUACCGUAACAUAUAUGUUAAUGUUAAAUAAUAAUAUUUAGGUAAUAUAUUACCUAUAUAUUAUUAGGUGCAUCAUUACACUAUCGAUAAAUAGCUCGUUGGAAACUGAAUAGGUACUCGUAGAUAAUUGUACAUUGUCGGUACUGACAUUCGUUCUGUACGAUAGAAGAACAUUUUUCAGCAAUGAUAAUAAUUACUUAAAAGUUUAAUAUAAUUACGACACGAAGAAUGGACAGCGUUUCUAAAAUAGCCGACACAGUAGAACGAACAACGUAUUUUGGAUAAUAUUUUCCACGUGUGAAAUAUUAUAUUUGUUUGGUUGUUUAAUUGUGUAUCUCCAAUUGAAACUUAACUAUUACAAUAAAAUACAAUUUUAUUAAUUAUUAUAACUUUUAAACAUUAAAAUAAUAUAAAAUUACAUCGUAAAUCGAAUAAUUAUUAGGAUUCAUACCAUGCAACUACAUAACUGCGUGCUUAAAAUCUUACUAAAUUAUGAAUUCUUUUUUGCAUUAAUAAUAAAAUUUCUGGAUUUAUAAUAAAUUAUUCAGUUUUUUUUUUUUUUGUAUAAUGCUACUAGGAUAAUACAAAACGUCGUGGUCGGUAAACUUAUUUGAAUUCCAGAUUCUAAAAAUCCCGCGAGGAUUAUAUUAUUAUGCGGUCAGCAUUUUUGAGUUAUGAAGCAGGGUUUUACUGCACACUGUUCUAUUCAUAAAAUUUUCAGUUUAUGCAUAUUUUUAUUUAAGAUUCGGAGCGUACUGAAAGAUCUAUUGGUUUUACUAAGAUGAGUGUUUUAUUUUUUUUGUCUAUAAAAAACUUUUCUACAAGAAAUCUUGCACUGAAGUAUAAAGUGUAGUACCUUUUAUUAAAGGUAAUUUUCUCUAUUUAGGACAUUAUUGAGGAGAUCAUUUUUUGAUUUUUCAGAGGGUUUUAAAAAUAAAAUGAAAAAACCUGAAUGAAAAUUAUAGGUAAAAUGGUAAAUAUGUAUGAUCCACCGCGGGGCUAUCGAUUUGUUUUCAAUUUUUUCAACUUAUGUUUUCUACCAAAAAUAAAGCUUCUAUCGAAAAAUGAUACGUGAUUGAUUUUAUUCCUUUUAACAUAUGACUAUAAAGGAAGUUGUUUUUGAUAUCUAAAAUAUUUUUUUAAAUAAUUUUUGAAAACCCAAAAAAAAAAGAAAAAAAAACUGUUUUUUUUUUUUCAAAUUACGGUACAACAAUUUCAUUAUAUUAACUUUAUAUAGCUUAUAUUUUUUACCAUAAAUAUUCCUUCAGUAGAAAAACGACAAUGACUUUUUUUGUUGCAUUUGAAUCUAUUUGGUGAGUAAAAAAGUCGUUUUUUGAUUUCUUUUGUAGUGUUUUUAAUAAUUGAGCAAAACCGAAAAAUACGAAGAAAGUACUAAAAAAAUAAUUCUUUUAUUAUUUUAAAUUUUGUUUUUUUUUAAUGCCAUUAAAUUAGAAAAAUUCGUAGAGACUAGAUAUUUUGAUGGAAACAUUAUAUUUGCCUUUAUAUACUUCGUAACAUUUUCAAAACAUAUGAGUAAUUAUUGAGGCUAUUUAUAGACAUUUAAAUUUUGCGAGUAUUUUAAGUUAUUUUUAUUUGGUAAGUAUUGUAUGGAUAAAUUGUUGAAAGAAAUGCUUUGAAAAUUUGAUUGGAGGAUCGUUAUAAGUCAUAAUUAGUGACAAAAAAAAAAAAAGAAUAAGUUUAAUGUAGUAUUUUUUUUUGUUUACGAGUUAUAAAAUCAAAUGUUGACUAUUAAAACUAAAUAUUACAACCUUUUAACCGAACUUUAAGCCAAAUCGUUUUUCGUUAGCAAAAGUUUAUCGUUGGUUACAGUUACAAAUCAAAUGACUUAAUGUAUCCCAUCUUUUCACCAACAUCAGUGGAUAGACAAUCCCGUCCCCAGUAUCAGCUCUUUUUGUUUGUGUGUCUGUUAACAAUGUUUCUAUCAGAAAUCAAGUGUCAAUCAAGAAACGAGUAGCAUUUUUUCCGAAAAAGAUUUUGUCUAGUCUGUGAGUAACGAAGUCAUUUUUAAGCAGUUUUUAUAAAAAUUUUGAAAAUCUGAAAAAGAAAACGUAAAGGAAAAACAGACACGUUUACAGCGAUAACAAUUUCAUUAUUUUAAAUUUGUUCACACGUAGAAAGAGCUAAACAAGUAUACUGUACAAAUUUCAAAUUGUACGAUUAUUUUUAACUAAAUAAUAAUAAAAAAAAAAACAUAUACAUCACAAUCAAUAUUCUUUCAUUCUUCAAAGCAUUCUUUUCCGCGUUCAAAAUCUACAGAACGUUUUUAUGUAAAAGGUUAAAUUAAUAAUACCUUGUGUAGACAUUCGAGUUUCAUCGUCGAGUAUAUAUUUUUGUUUUAUAGUUUUUUUUUUUCAAUAAAUACCGAUUAAUAACAUAUUGGAGUCGAAAUAACCGCAAACACAUCGAAACCUACGAUAAAAAAAAAAUAACGAUGUAUCAAUGUAUCAUGUACGUAACAUUCAGAGAGGCAAAAUUACAGGUCACAUUUAAAAAUAGGAUUUUCCGUGUAACGAAUUUCGAAAGCUGAUAUUAUUUUUUAUCGAAUACAUGCCGAAUACCGCUAUUGAUGGUCAUCGUACACUAUCAGUAUUACGAGGUAGUUACCGCGUGUACCUAUUUCGUAAAAGUCGCGUUACGGUUUAUUUCUAACUGUACAAUUGUCCUUUAAUUCGAAUUCGUCCACGCUAUGAUAAUAAUUACUGUCCAUUAUAAUAAUUUCACAUUAAUAUGCCGGCCGGUAAUAUAAUUGCGCUAGUAUAUUAUAAUAUUGUUGUUACAAUACGUAUGCAUUUUCGUAGAACAGGUUCUAAAAAAGUGUUCGUUACAAUAAUGGAAUAUUAUACUGCCGCGUCAUAUUUUAAACAAACUGCCGCAGCUUUCCCGGAUCUAACACGGCCACAGGUAUGUUUCACUCGCGUGUAACUAUUGUGGCUGCUGCAAUGCGAACGUUGUGAAACUUGACGUUCGCCGUAGGUGAUUCGAAGCGAUCUUAAUGGGAAUAUUGUGAAAGAUUUAAAAUGCCGCCUGGUGCACGUAGAUGGAUACGCAAUUCCUGUUUUUUUUUCUCGGAUAAUAAAAUUGUCAUUAGGUAUAUUAUUUUAUUUCGGUUAUGAAUAGAUCAAUUUGUCGGUGAUGCGACCUAACGCAAUGUUACAGCCGAUGGUAUACACGGUAACAAUAAUAAUGUUGCUGUGA